UUAACAUCACACACGCAAACAAAAGUAAGGUCAACACUUAUAUCAGCGUCGUUAAUGUUAAUAUGUAUAGGUGUCUAAGCUCCCAACUACACACCACAUUGCAUUUAAUACACACAACACACACACGCUUUUAAAUACAAACAAGAUCCCCAGCAAGCAAAACAGUAAUUGAACAAAAGAAAGAAAAACUGAUAAUGAAGGGUCUUCAUCUCCACCUCUUCCUAGUCACCAUGACGAUCGUUGCCUCCAUCGCCGCGGCUGCACCUGCUGCUCCAGCGGGUGGAGGAGCUCUGGCUGACGAAUGCAGCCAGGAUUUUCAAAAGGUGACUUUGUGUUUGGACUUUGCGACAGGUAAGGCAACGACUCCGUCUAAGAAGUGUUGUGACGCCGUGGAAGAUAUCAAAGAAAGAGAUCCAAAGUGUUUGUGUUUCGUGAUACAACAAGCAAAGACAGGAGGACAAGCCUUGAAGGAUCUUGGUGUUCAAGAAGACAAACUCAUUCAACUCCCAACAGCUUGUCAGCUCCACAACGCUAGCAUUACCAACUGUCCAAAGCUUCUAGGGCUUUCGCCGAGCUCGCCAGACGCAGCCGUAUUCACAAGCAAUGCCACGACGUCAACAACACCGGUGGCACCGGCAGGAAAGUCUCCGGCAACUCCAGCUACGUCCACGGAGAAGGGAGGAUCAGCUUCCGCAAAUGAUGGUCACGCCGUUGUGGCUCUAGCCAUCGCUUUGGUGACCGUCUCCUUCGUCUCGACCUUGCCUAGACAUGUGACAUUAGGAAUGUAAUCGUUUCUAAUUUAUGAAGUGGUUGGUGCUUUUGUUUUAAAACUUAUCUUUCAAGUGUGUUUCUUUGUUCGGACAUUUGUUGUAAUGAGUCAACUUCCCACUCAAUUCUGAUCUCUUUCGCACAUGACUAAAACUAUCCAACGUUUCACUGGUU